UCGAGGUAAUAUAAUCAACUUCUCUACUCUAGAUUUUGUACAGUUGAAUUUUACCGUGUACGUUUUUCUUGCUAAUCCGUCGAUCCUGAAUGUGAAUCAUUUUCUGACGCUGAAGAGUUAUGGCGGGGGUGGAACACAUGGCCGGUAUUGAUGAGAAGCUGCUAGCUAAGCUGGGCAAGGAAGGUCUCGGAAACCACGAUAAUGUUCCAAAGUUAGGCCGAGAAUUGGGAUUUAACCAGACGCAGAUAAGUUUAUACAUCGAGACAAACUAUAGCGGUGGCCGGGUAGGCACCAAAGGGACGGUGAAACUCCUCUUUGACUGGAAAAAGAACACAACGAAGGCUCGGCAGGUUUCAACAUUGAGGGCAGCACUCAUAAUGGCGGGAUUUGAAGGUCUUGCUGAGGAAUAUUUUCCAGAAAUUUCAAGUCAUCCAACAGACGAUUCAUCACCAGAUUUAACAUCCACCUCUUCCACACCUGACCUGAUGGUUACAGCAUCACAACCCAUGCCUGACCUCAUAUCUAGUACAUUGCCUUCCUCACCAAACCCAGGAACGGCUUCAGUUGAUGGUCAGACCGCCAAUCCUUCUGUCGAUUCUGCCUCUGACCAACCACAAAGCUCAGGAGCUGGCAGUAUGGCAACCAUUACAGGAAAGCAAAUAAUAUUCCUGUCUCAAAGCAUUCUUCCAUCCUGCUACAAUGUUUUCUGCACUCAUCUCGGCUUUGAAUUUGCGAUAUUUGACGGUGUGAAAUCUCAGAAACUCAACGACAUUCCUGCUGCCUUGGUUGAUAUCCUCAACAGAUGGGCAGCGAAUACAGAAGGGCUUCUCUCGGAUCUUGACAAAGCUCUUACAGCAGCAGGGUGCACUAGACUGGUAUAUAUGUACAAAGACAAAUAGACAAUCCACAAUUGUAGGAGGUGCUAAUUAGUUCUAGGUAGUGAAAUGUGUUAUGUAGGGCAGGGGUUCUCAAACUUUUUC